CAUCGUCUCUGGUUAAUCGUUCGUUCCUGUGAGUCUUUCUUCUUCCUUAAGCCGGCGCUAACAAAUGGAGCUGUCGUCUUCCUCCUCCGCCAUAUUUAGCCACUCUUCAUCUCAACUUCUCAGACCUAAGCUCGUGUUUAAAGAUUUACUUCCUCGUAGAGCGAUGCUCGUUUCUUCUUCUUCUUCUUCAUCUUCGCUUCCUCGAUUUUUGCGGAUGAAAUCUCAAUCUCCGAUUCGCCAAUCUAUCUCCUGCGCUUCUUCUUUCAGUGAGAACGUUUCCCAGGCAACCAAUUCUUAUCCUUCUAUAGCAUUAGCUCGAAUUGGAGAAGUAAAGAGAGUAACAAAGGAAACGAAUGUAUCAGUGAAGAUUAAUCUAGAUGGUACUGGAGUUGCAGAUAGUUCUACUGGUAUCCCUUUUCUUGACCAUAUGUUAGAUCAACUUGCUUCGCAUGGUUUGUUUGAUGUGCACGUUAGAGCUACUGGUGAUGUUCACAUCGAUGAUCAUCACAGUAAUGAAGAUAUAGCUCUUGCCAUUGGAACAGCUCUGUUAAAGGCCCUUGGUGAGCGUAAAGGUAUUAACCGGUUUGGUGACUUCACAGCUCCGCUUGAUGAAGCGCUUAUACAUGUUUCCCUGGACUUGUCUGGUCGACCAUAUCUUGGUUACAACUUGAAGAUUCCAACCCAGAGAGUUGGAACAUACGACACUCAGUUGGUGGAGCACUUUUUCCAAUCGUUGGUGAAUACUUCUGGUAUGACACUUCACAUCCGGCAGCUUGCUGGUGAAAAUUCUCAUCACAUAAUAGAGGCUACCUUUAAGGCCUUUGCCAGGGCUCUACGACAAGCAACAGAGGAUGAUCCACGCCGCGGUGGGACGAUACCAAGUUCAAAAGGAGUCUUGUCACGGUCUUGACAGCUGAGCAAAACGCCCAAGACAUUUCCCAGAUUCACACUUCAUCGUCGAGUUCAUGAACCCAUAGUCAGUUUUCAUACGUUGCCAAAUGUCAAUCCUGUUGGAUCUUGCUGUUCCAUUGCAGAAGUGCGAAGAGCCAAAAUGAAGAUCACACAGUUUCAGAAGAUGAUGGGCUCAUCUUUUGUAUUAGUAGUAUGUUGUUGGAGAGUGUUUUAGAUCGCUCACCAUUGCUAUAUCAACCGAGGAACUUUUACUGUGACGUUAAGAAGACUGUAAAUUACAAUCCAGUGUUCUGUUUCUAUAUUUGGCAAAACGACUGCGUUCGUUUUUUUUUUCUUUUUUUCUUUUUUUCUUUUUUUCUUUUGGUAGUUAUAUACUUUAACGACACCACAACGACAUCGUUUCAAGAUCCCAGACUAUAGAGAAUAUGUUUCCGUCU